AUGCCCUACCUGUACCAGGACUCAAAGCCGAGGCCACCUGCACAGCCUGGGUCUGCACGUACCACCCACAGCUCAGGGAAGGGCUACGAGGAGCUGAAGCAGGAGUGCCUGCACAAGGGGAUCCUCUUCGAGGAUUCUGACUUCCCCGCCUGCAACUCCUCUCUCUUCUUCAGUGAAAACCCACCCAUUCCCUUCAUCUGGAAGAGGCCUGGGGACAUUGUCAAAGACCCCAAGUUUAUCCUUGGAGGAGCCACAAGAACUGACAUUUGCCAAGGGGAUCUUGGUGACUGCUGGCUAUUAGCAGCCAUAGCUUCUCUCACACUGAAUGAAAAAAUGCUAGCAAGAGUGGUGCCACUGGAUCAAAAUUUUGGGCCAGGUUAUGCUGGAAUAUUUCACUUCCAGUUUUGGCAGCACAACGAGUGGCUGGAUGUCGUGAUUGAUGACAGACUACCAACCUUCAAAGAUCGGCUCGUUUUCCUGCACUCAGCUGAACUCAAUGAAUUUUGGAGUGCCUUACUAGAGAAAGCCUAUGCCAAGCUGAAUGGCAGCUAUGAGGCUCUGAAAGGUGGCAGUACGAUAGAAGCCAUGGAGGAUUUCACUGGGGGUAUAGGAGAAACAUAUGAUGUUAAGGCAGCUCCUGACAAUUUCUAUGAAAUCCUAGAAAAAGCCCUGAAAAGAUGCUCAAUGGUGGGCUGCUCUAUUGAUACCAGCAGUGCUGCAGAAUCAGAAGCUCGAACCCCUUUUGGCCUUAUAAAGGGCCAUGCUUACUCGGUGACUGGCAUCGACGAG